ACGCAGCUGGUGCUACAUGGCGAUAGUCCCUACAUGAAAUUCCUGGAUUUGCAUGGCAGACUACUUGUAUUAAUAUGGACAAUCGUCCACAUCGUUAUGAUAUUGGGCAAAAGCUGUUGUGUUUCGAACCUGACAGCUCUAAGGCUAAGCUAAUUUAUUUUGCAAAGAUAUUAAAACAUGUUUCUCGUAGAGAUACAGAAAUUCCCCAUUACUGUGUUCAUUUUCACGGCUGGAAGUGUAAAUGGGAUCGUGAAGUCCCGGAAGAUUUGCUUCUUGAAAACAAUGAAUUCAAUCGAAUAUUAAAAAGAAAAAUUGAUGAAGUUGCCCAAAAUGUGCAUGGAAGACAUCAGCGUAAACAACGUAUCGAUAUGAUUCUGGAGGGUGCAGCUUUAAGUGGUGAUGAUAUUGAUUGGGAAACAGUUCCUGGCGUUUGGAAAGGAUCCAAAUCAAACAAAUCUUAUCAUAGUUCUCUUGCAAGCGAUAGCAAUAGAGGGAAAACAUUGAUCAGUUCCACAUCAUUUGAUGAUAAUAUACCUUUUUUAGAUCCAGUUCUUGCGUCCAUUCUGGAUCAAGAGGAGAUAACACAAUUACAGUUUGAACAGCUUCAGAUACACAAACCUUACAUGGUUUCUUUAGAUCUCCCCCAAAACCUUCGAGAUAUAUUGAAAUGUCAUACCGAUGCUAGUGAUGUGGGAAUGGAUGUGUCCAAGACAUUUCAGUAUUGGUGUUCGGUUCUUCAAGUGCUCCAAAAGUAUGUUGAUGGAUUCCCAUACAGUGGAUUGAAUAUCAGUGCACUGCUUGGAUGUAGUAGUUCCUCAAGUGGAAUCAUUUCAGAUCGCGUUUCACGUAUCAUGAAUCCUUUAUUCUCACUAACUGAUCGAAACCGGUUAAUUUGUGCAGAGGUUUGUUCUAGCCUACGCAUACUGUUUGAUUUUACUAUAAGAAGCUAUCUACUACUUCCUAAUGAAAAAAUAUAUUUCACAAACGAUUUCAAUGGCCACUUGUUUGAAGAUGGUCGAGCAUUCAGUGUGAAUUAUCACCAUGGACCAAAUGAUAUUCAUUCUAUUUAUCGAUUCUCUUCACCUCGAUAUGAAUUGCUUCCAAAUUCAGAAGUUAUAAAAAAUCCACGAUUGCCUUGUUUAAAUUAUCCUCCUUACUACCUUUUAAGACUAAUCACUAUCCUUCCUACAUUACUGGAUGGUAUGCAGUUAACAGCUUGUCGACGUGCUAUAAUUCAUCGACAUUUGUACAUGUUUAUCCAUUAUCUUGAUCGAACUUCGAAGUUUUGGUUUUAUAAAUGCUGGUCACAUGAAAAGGAUAUGCGUUCAGGUACACAGAUGUUACGUUACUCUUGCGUAACUCAUGCAUCAUCAAUUACAAGAAAUUUCCUAUUUAAAACCUAUUUUUCCGAGUUUUCAUCCUUAAAAUUGAAGGAAGAAAAGAAUUCACUUGAUCUGAACCCACCUUUGAAACGCUACAGGAAUCCUACUUCUGUUAUACGCGCAUUAAUUUCAUGUGUGCAACCUGUUCCAGAAGCUCCAAUUUUUGAAUUAGGUCCAGAUUUUAGUUAUUUAUCGACUUCAAAAACACGUCUUUGUAUGUUAUCAAAAGCUAAAGGUCGUUUAGCUGCAAGAAUAUCUGCCAGAGAUUUUUUUCCGAAUGAUAUUACAGCUUUAGGUACAGAAGCUCCACAUAUUAAUCGAUGGAUACCUAUACAAACUCCAGAUAAUAUUUUGAAACGUGCUGUUGAAGGAUCAUUAAGCAAUCAUGAAGCUAUGGAUCGGUUGAUUUUACUUCUUGCUCCUAAACAUUCGUGGAAAUUAUAUAAUGAGAUAGCUCCUGAUUACAAAUGGACAUCGAAUAUUUUGCAUCGCUUGCUUGACCUUUUAUGUGUUACAAAUGGUGGUCGAGGUGGAUCUCAUUCCCAUGUAUUAUUAAAUAAUUAUAAUUGGAGUAAUCUUCCGGAUCCUGAUGAAAUCUAUGUAACGCAUCGUUUUGAUAUUACCCCUAGAUAUAAUCAUGACAGACAAAUAAUAAACAAUCAAAACGAGUUGGAAAAUAUAACAAAUGAUGAAAUCAACUAUGAGUUUACAGGGGACUCCAUAUCAUUAGUAGGAGAGUCUAAUAAUUGGAAUUUAGAUUCACCUGCAGAAAAACUGUUUCAUAAAGAAUUUAACAUUCUCAACACUCCAGCAGGUUAUAGAAGUAUGAUUCGUGGUGCAGCUAGAUUCGGUAAUGCUGAUCGUGCUUUUGAAUUGACUAAACUUGUAUGGGAAUCAAAAAAUGACGAUAAAUAUCUUGAUUUAGCCACAUAUAAUCAAUUAAUUCGUUCUCUACAUCAAUUAACCAUUGUAAUGAAAGGUGAAGAAAAUCUUUGGAAUGUAAUUUUGAAUAUUUUAGAACAUGUGAAAACAUGUGGAGAUCCAAUAAAUAUAUCAAUUUUUACUAAUAUUCUUUAUACACUAGCAUAUGCAAGUGCUAAAAUGAAAUAUUCGAUGUCAUCAACAUUACAUUUAUCUGAUGGAAAUUAUGUUUCAAUAGGUUUAGGCUUAUUAAAUGAAUUAAAACGAUUAAAUUUUAAACCUGAACUUGGUACAUUAGCUAAUUUGUUGUUGUUAAUUUAUGAAACACCAGUACCUGUAAAUCGAUCUUCCACAUCGACAACAACUAGAUCCAUGAUAAGUAAACAGAAUAAUAAUAAUAAUUUGAUAAAUUAUCAUACUGAUCAUUCAUCCUAUACUUGUUCUAAUCUAUUGAAUGAAUUAAUAAAUGAAGUAGAAAUCUAUUUUAAUAAUAAUAAUUCUGGUAUAGGCGGAUCACCUCAACGUUUUGAUGCAUGGACAAUGGAUGAUUAUACAUUUUUUCCAAUAGCAAUGAAAUGUGCAAUGAAUGAAUUAAAUGUACAAUUAGGUCAAAAAAUCCAUAAUUUAUUAAUUCAUCAUGAAGAUAGAACAUUUUUAUUGCCUAAUAGUCGAAUGAAACGUAAUUAUAUUCAUGAUUAUUGUAGAUUAAUGAUUCAAUUUAAUGAAUCUGAUAUGAAUGAACUUGUUCAAUUAAUUCAACGUUAUAAUACAACUUAUUGUCAGUAUUUUGAUGUGAUAUUAUCAUCAAACAGUUUACUGGUAAUUCUAAUCAAAAAUUAUAACCGAAUAUUGAGAUUAUGCAAUAAUUAUACCGUACAGAGACUAAAGAUCCCUUUGAAAGAAAAGACAUAUAAUCAGCAAACUAUCCGUUCAAUAAAAUUAACCAUAUAUAGUCAUCUAUGCAGAAUAUUAGAUGAUUUGUUGAACAUUGAAUUCUCUCACUAUUUAUAUGUUUUUCCAAGUACUAUUGAACGCAUAACUUAUAUAGUGUGCAAAUGGGCUACUAUUAAUCCAAAGGAUGCAUUAGAUAUGUCUAUAAAAAUAAUAAAUGCUUUAAAAAGGUCAGAUAAUUUAAUAAAGCCAAUGAAUGAUGUUUCCACAACUACUGGAUCUCAUGACGUGAGUGGAAUAAAAAUCGAUCAAUCAAUUAUGAAACAGUACGACCAACUUGUUAAAUUUAUGAUAAUUGAAAGUACAAAAUUAUGUUUUCCAAUUUUUGAUGAAUUAUCUGCUGAAUAUAAUAGUGAUAAUAAAAUUAAUCGUGAAGAAUACUUAACAUGGAAAACAAAAUUAAUUAAUGCAUUAUAUGAUUGGUUUAGUUAUGCUGAUAGUCAUAAUAUGAUAACAUGGGAAUGGGCGAUAAAAGGAUUAUAUAUUUUAUCUAAAGAAGAUGAUUUUAUACAACUGGAUUUUAUAUGGAAUGUUACGCAGUGUUUGGCGAAACAGGAUGUGGGAUUCGAAGUUUGCGUUAGAGAACACAGAGAUUUACUAGAACCUAUUUUAAACAUUCUAGAACAAUCCAUUCCAAAAAUCCCACAAGGUAUAGGAUCUACCGAAAAACUAGAAUGUUUACAGUUCCUGAAGAAGGCUCUUAGCGCCAUGGAGUCUACAAAUAUACUACCCUUGUAUUCUAGUACGUCUAACCCCGUUGAAAUUCGCGCCCAUAAUUCUCAGUAAAUGAAUAAGUUUACAUACCUCUUCCUUGUUCUAAACGACUUUUUGUAAUAAUGAAAUAGUGAUGUAAAAUUGUAUUAUGAGCAUAUAUUUAAAAAUUGUAAAUACAUACUUGUUUGUUUUUUAAUACAAAUGGUUGAUCACUUGCUUUAC